GAUCUCGAAAUGGGCGGCGGCGGUGGAAGUGCCAGUGCCAGUGCUGGUGAUAGUGGCGGCGGCAGUUCUGGAGGCUUCUCCGCCUGAGCAGCGGCGCCGCUCGCGCGCGGUGAUGCCGGCAGCCGGAGUUUGAUGAAAAGCCCGGAGAGCGCGGCGGGUUCGGUCACGGAGCUGGAGCCCGGGCACGGCUUGAAGGAGAUGACGGGCAACCUCCGGCUGAGGGAGCCGAGCCCGUGUCCGGCAGCAUUCCAACCCGAGGCCGCGGACCUGCUCCCGGCCUCGAGCUGCAGGCCCAUCCCCCGGCUGAUCGUGACCCAGGACGAGUCGCUGGCGAGGGUUGAAGGGGUGGCCGAGGACGAACAGCCGGACGAGGAGUCGCCGUCGUCGGACAGUGGCUGUGGCGGAUCGCCCGCCCCGUCGCUGCUGCUCCGCAAAUUGUCGGGCUCGUCGCUGUCCUCCGCCGGACACUCAUCCUCCUUCGAGGAGUCCGAGGAUGACUUCAGCCCUUGCAGUGACGCCGAGGGCCAGCAGCCGCAGUACCUGAGCCUGGACGACGGCCUCGGGAACAAGUCGUGGAAGAAGCUGAAAACCAUGGUGCACUGGUCCCCAUUUGUUGUUUCCUUCAAGAAGCGUUAUCCAUGGGUGCAGUUAGCAGGACAUGCAGGGAACUUUAAAGCUGGAGAUUAUGGCAAGAUCCUGAAAAAAUAUUGUGAAUGUGAGCAUCAGUGCCUGGAGUCCCUGAUGAAGGACCCACUGCUGCGUCCCUAUGUGCCUGGCUAUUAUGGAGUGGUGGAUAAAGAUGGAGAUAGUUAUAACCAGAUGGAUGACUUGUUGUCAGAAUUUGAUUCCCCUUCAAUCAUGGACUGCAAGAUGGGAGUGAGGACUUACCUGGAAGAGGAGUUGACCAAAGCUCGUGAGAAGCCCAAGCUCCGGAAUGAUAUGUAUGAGAAGAUGAUAGCAGUGGAUCCAAACGCACCCACGCAAGAGGAGCAUAAUCAGAAGGCCAUUUUGAAGCCACGUUACAUGCAAUGGCGGGAGACGCUUAGUUCUACUGCAACACUAGGAUUCAGGAUAGAAGGCAUCAGGAAGGCUGAUGGGACAUGCAACACAAACUUUAAGAAAACCAAACUCAAGGAACAGGUUAUGGCAGCACUGGAAGAUUUUGUGGACAGCAAUAAAAACAUCUUGAAAAAGUAUUUGACAAGGUUAAAAGACUUGAGGAUUGCAUUGGAAGGCUCAGAGUUUUUCAGGACUCACGAGGUGGUGGGAAGUUCUCUUUUGUUUGUCCACGAUGACUCGGGGAUGGCCAAAGUUUGGAUGAUUGACUUUGGGAAGACGAUGCUGUUACCCGAUCAAGAGACACUGAACCACAGGGUGGCCUGGGAGGAGGGUAACCGGGAGGACGGCUACCUGUGGGGACUCGAUAACCUCAUCAAUAUCAUCAGCGCAAUGGUGAAGGAGUGACUCAUUGUGGCAGCCCUCCCGGGCAUUCCGUUCACAGCUGGUCUUUUGAACAAUGCACAGCCUCUGCACAGGGAGUGCUUCUUGUCUUGGGUAGUAUUUUCCUCACCUCUUAGCAGAAGUGAUGUUCGCUGCAUUAGCCAGGAACACAAGCACACCGGGGAGGAUGAGGAAGGGGUGCUCACUGAAAAUGGGAGGGGUGGGGGAAGAACUGUAUGGGUUUAAACACGGGUGAACAAACCCAGGUCAUGGGUGUGCCUGUGAUCUGCGGGGGAUCUGUGUGCUGUGGCCAAGUUGUGAAGGUGUCACUCCUGAGCAUGGCACUGAGCCUCUGAACUCAAGUAAAGUGAGAGGCAAGACUGGGAUUUGAACUCUAAGCUGCAGUGACAAUGAUUGGCAACAAUCAGGCAUUUGGGGCUUCAAGACAACUGGCUGAGUCAGUGAACUUUAAUCUGCAACUGAAGAGGAAACACUGGAGAGAUGCAGAGCUAUCUCUGAUUUUUAAUUCCUAGGUUUGCAUAAUAUAUUGUUUUUAAAAGCUGUAAAACUGUACUGAAAACCACUCAGAGGUCAAUCACAUGUAUGCAUUUGAAAUAUUUUCCUAUUCUUGCUCAGUUUGCCUUGUCUGUGACAUGCUGUGAUGCAAUGGAGUCACAUUUCCUAUUACUUUACACCUUUCCCCUACUCCAGACAAGUUCAGGGAGUUGUUAGUGCUCUGCUGUCUGGGUGUUGAGGCCAAGGGCAGGGCAGUCAGUCAAACUCAGUACAAGCUAGGUGAAAUUGCCCAAGACAAGUAUUCUUAGAGUUCAUAGUGAAACAAUUUAUUGAUAGUGUAAAUUUGUAAUAACAUGUUUAAUUUUUUAUUAAGUUUUAUUGAAAGAAAACUAACCUCUAAACUGAAGUUGAAUAUUAAACGGGUGGAGUUGAGUAGAAAAAGAUUUCCAGAGUGUUUAUGGUGAGGCUCCAGGGUUUGUUUCAGCACAAUUCUGUUCUGUAGCUGGUGAAAACUCCAUCUGAGCUUGCAGACUACACAAGUCUCAUUUCAAGCUUUUCUGAGUAAGCCCAUCUCAAGAUCACGGGGUUAGAGAAGAUGCAUUGAAUAGAGAAGAGGUCUUAAGUCCAUUGAGCACAGCAUUUAACCCGAGGAGCCUUCACCAUAAUGUUGCUCUGAAAUUUUCCCCACCAGUAGAUUCCUACUGCUCAAGCUGGUUGCUCAUGUGUUUUGAGUGGGUGCCGUAGUGGCAGAGUGCAUUCUGUGGGUGUGGAUGCAGGUAGAGGAGGUGGGGGGGAGAGAAGAUGUUUGAGAUUUUAGUUAAUCCCUUUAUGGUAACUUUUAAAAUGUUCUGGAAUAUUUUAAGUAAGUUGACAUUAUCUGUGAGAAAUACCAGUUUUUAUUAUUAAGAAUUUUUACAAAUCUAAUUGUUAAAUGCAGGCACCGUAUUCGGUGCUGAGGCUGGAUCUAUGUCUUUGGUACUGAUUUAUUUCCAUGUCUUAAUUGAGUUGCAUUAAGAGCUGUGCUUCGCCGAAACAUCAUUCCUGGGUGCAGACUACAGAGUCAAAGUUCGUUUUGGCAGAUAACUGGAGUUUUAAAAAAAUCUUAUUGAACAGAAACUGAGAAUUUUGUUUGUCCUGUGUUCUGCUCCCCAACACAUGCUCUGUCGGCUCAGGUCAACCUCUGUGUAACCCCGGUCAGCAGCCGUGAGUUGCUGUGCAAAGAAGCUGAGUGUCAGACAUAUAGAGAUGCCUAGCUUCAUUUUAAAACCAAAUUCAUUGGUGGCUAGGUGUACCAUGGGAGAAUGAGAGUCGUAGUAAAGCAAAAUAAUAAUGUGACACUCUACCAUUUGUAUUAUGUAGUAAUAGCCCCCAAAAACACAAUAGUGAAGCAUGCAUGGCGGUCCGAAUGACUUGAAUCUUCUCCGGUAUCAUGGUUUUAUGGAAGCGAAUGAUAAACACAGCACUUCACCAUUCUACAACAUGACUCUGCCUUCCCCAUAACUUCAGCCCUUUCACUCCCACCUUGGGCCUGGUUGCAGAGGUUGAUUAGUAAGAGUGUCAAAGGUUAUGAGAAGAAGACAGGAGAAUGGGGCUGAGGGAUAAUAAAUCAGCCAUGAUGGAAUGGCGGAGCAGACUCGACUAAUUCUGAUCCUUUGUCUUGUGGGAGAAUUGACAUGAACCCAAAGUUUGAGUUAUCAUUGGGCAUAGUGACUCAUUAUCAAAUGUCUUUAUUUCAACUUUCUUCUUCCCAGGUGAAGUUUAGAAUCUCACUGUUGGAAAUGUGUUUCAUCUUGCAUCUCCAAUGAAAUCUCACAAAUUGAUCCUACUGAUUUUUGAUGGUAAUUCAGCCAUUGUAAAUAACUGGGGCUGCUCAUCUUGCUUGGAGAAGUCCCCAUCUUAUUAAUGCCCAUUAUCUGUAAAUUGAAUAGUAAAUGCAAUGUGCCUGAACUGAAUACUUUUUUACUGUAUGCAUUUUUGUGGUAGUGAGUUCUAUGUUGAGGAUUGAACACUGAUUCAAUGCUGAGGGAGUGGUUAUAGAGUGGGAUUUUAACAAGUAGAGCUCUUGUGUUAUGCUGGAUUUUUUUUUAAAUAUAGGAUCCUUUGAGGUUUCUUUACACAAGUUCACCCAAAAGCUCCUAGGAUCAGUGCAAGAAAACAGCUAAGUAGGAUGAGGCUUUGCCUAUGGAUUCUUAUUUCAACAUCUAAUCAUAUUUAUAGAGUGCCUUUAACAUCCUGCACUUUUUUAAAAAAAAAGAACAGGAAGGAUUAUCAAAUAAAACUUUUAAUUUUGAGCCACAAAAGGUGAUGGACAAGUAACUGAUAGUCUUGUUAACUUGGAGUUUUAAGCGGAUGGAGGGGCAGACAGGGAGGGAGUUCCAGUGCUGUGCCUUGCCUUAUCAAAUUGCUGAAGGUGGAACAAUGAAACUUGAGGUUGAUUAUGAUAGCUAGCUUCCUGUUUCAGGACCUGCUAAUUCUGGUAUAAGAUAUGGAGUAUAAGCUUGGUCUCCUCUACAUUUCUUUGUCCUUUCAACAAAGACCUGUUUAAAAUUGGAUCUUCAACGUUGUGUUUAGGAGAAGGAAAUGUUGCCUGGAUGUUGCUUGUCAAUCUGUUUUUUUCCAGGCUCCUCCAUUCAGUUCAGAUUGCAAAGUUUGAAAAUGUCGUAAGUAUUUCGGUCUCUCACUUCUGUGCACCGCAUUUAACAUUUGAAUGAGUCCAGCCUUUCAGUGCUCGAGCAAAGAAGCUACAUUGCGGAGCCUCAGUGAUACAGGUUUAACCGGAUUCCUGUCUCUUGCAGAUUAUUGCCCUAUCACUGAGUCACUUCACUUCCUGGGGCACUGAGCUGACUGAACUGGCUGCACACCUGCCUGUGAGUCAGUAUUCUAUUCCUCAUUAAACGAUGAGCUGCAGCCAGUGGUGUAGUGCUAGCUGGAGCAUGUCCGGCACAUCUUUAAGAAAAAAACUGAAAUAAAACAAGCUAAUUAAUUAGGUGCCGCCCAGGGUGAUUUGAGUAUCUCGGAAACUGC